ACAAGAAACAACGCGCUUCAACCUGCCUCUCAGACAUCAUUUCCGCCGAAAACCCCGCCCUGUCGCCGGAUGCAAGAGAGAAGAGGAACUGUUUGUGACAAUUUGGUUGUUGGGAGUAUUGUGGAGCUGCGCAUCUUUGGCUACUGUUGUGAAGUCACCGUGGCGGUGUAUGUAGGCAUCAAAGUUUUGUCUUAAUGAGAAGCAGCCAGGGAUAAUUUGCUGUUCAAGUGACUGUCAGGCUGCUGGUUAUAACUGCUUUAUCUUACUCUUGGAUACGUUACUUAUGUCGUUGAACUUGAGGGAAUAAGUGACGAGUUCUGUAUAACAUACCAAUGCUCUCUAUACCUGUAUGACACGGGAGGGAUGGGUUUAACUUAAAGGGCCCUCAAGUGUGAAGUGGCAGCAUUGUAGGCCUGCAUGUAACGAGUUUGACAGCCCUCUGCACACUCUGACUGCAGUCAGAAGCUUGAAAAUGAAUAAUGUGCCAUAUACAUUAUUUAGCUCAUUUUUGUGUCAUUGAGCUAUAGGAAGGCUAUAGAUGAAAAAAAAAGAAAGGUGUGGUCCAGCCUGCCUGCUGCUGAUUCAUCUAAGUGGUUGGUGUAUUACAGAGAUGCACAAGGUGUAUUAUCCAUGGUGGGAAGAGUGCCUGACUGGGUUAAAUCUGCUGCUCAGAGCUCUGCAAGAAUGAAACACCUUAAUUUUGUGGUUUGGUAGCCCAUGGACCAGAGCAGUCAAAGACUGAUUCACAGCAAGUUUUAGACGUUUUUGUAAGGCUAAGAAUUACUUAUUCACAAUGGCCUGCCUUACUGUACCAGAGACUGAAGGAUCCACUCCAACAGCACAUCAGAAUGGGGAUCUACCCAGGAACCUCCACGUGCAGAAGAAUGCAGAGCAAGGACUUAAGGUGUUUCUUUAUUAUUCUCCACGAAAGUCGGAGGGAGAGUAUCUGGAGUUUUCACUUGGGGAAUAUGUAGCAGAAGAUAUUUGUAUUGCUGCUGCAAAAACUUGUGGUAUAACACCAUUGUACCAUAACAUGUUCGCUUUAAAAUGUGAGAAUGAACAGAUUUGGUACCCUCCUAACCAAGUCUUCCAUGUAGAUGAGUCAACCAGCAGUACAUUAUUUUACAGAGUAAGGUUUUACUUUCCUCAUUGGUACUCUAAUGGCAGCAGCAGAGCCUUUCGGUGUGGUGUUACUCGAGGUACAGAAACUCCUGUUCUUGAUGAUGCAGUAAUGUCUUAUUUGUUUGCACAGUCCUUUUCCCUUAGUGUCAUUGGUAUCACUGAGAGAGGAAGAUCGAGCCAUACUGUGUAUAAACCACUGCGUUUAACUGUAACAGCUCCCUUGAACUCAAACUUCCUGUCUUAUUCUGCAAAACCUAUGACAGAUUGUAUUAUGUCCGACCCUGCACCUCCGGAUACUUUAUUGGGUGGAGCGGAGCUCACAGCACUCAGAGAGGAAGUCACAACGUUAAAAGCGGACGUAUCGAAACUUUUGGAACUAGUAGGGAAGUUAACUGCAUCUGUACAAACUGAUAUUAACACCAGCUCUCCCCAGCGAGUGAGGAAUGCCUCGAGUACUCCUCCCUACUUAGCUGAACGAAUUGAAUUAAAUAGUAUGGGGGACAUUCCUAAUGGACAACCGCAGGGUUCUGCAAAUAUACAAAAAACAGCCAAAACGGCUUCAGGAAUCGACAUGAGGGAUUUGGGAGAUAACAUCAUUUCAGAAGCCGAAUUCACAUUCGACUUCAGUUUGUUUCACCAAAAAGAGGAAACGGAGAGACUUGGGGCUGUACCAAAAAGACGUGAAACAAAAAAGACUUAUUCUAAUGUAACCAAGAAAAAUGCCAGUAACAAAAAUGCAGGUACUGUGUUUAAAGACUUUGUAGCUAGUUCAAACAAAUGUACUGUAUCAAAAGGAAAUUUAGAUAAAAAUGUGCCUUUUAUAAAUAGAGAAAACAAUGACUUAUAUAUGCAAGAUUUUUUAAAUGAUGAAUGUGUGUUAGAACUUGAUGAGGGAGUAUGUAAUUAUAGAAAUGAACAUAACGCAUUUAAGCAAACAUCAAAUAUUAGGAGUAAAAUUUAUCUUUUGGGGAAAAAAUUAAUACAGUUUAAGAGUGUUAAACUGGACAAUGUAUACCUUGAAAAAUGUAUUAAUUUAAACAUUGUACCUAAAGGACUGCGUUUUUUCAAGCUACCCUUAGGGUUUGAAUAUACUAACACUAUUAAGCAAGAUUUUAACAAACUUUUUGAUUUAUUUGGAAGUAUGUACAUUAAAAUGGUUAUGAAGCACAAUGAUGAGAAAGUGGCUAUAUUGUACAAUGAGAUAGAAGAGCUAAAUGAUGAAAUAACGUAUGACAAAGAAUUUGAGAAUUGGCAAGAUUUAUAUUUUAAACAGUUUGAGACAGCUAGUUACAAGAUGAGGACGAUAUACAAAAGAAAAAUACACAAGUUGGAGAGAGAUACAGAAUUGUACAGCACCAAAGAAACAUCAGAAGAGAUACCAAUAGAUACUAAUAUAGUUAACAACAGUCCAUUAGUGGACAAUGCAUUCAAUAUAGAGAACAAGUGGACAGCUGACAAUUACUUGGUGAAUAAUGCAUCUUUUAGUAACCCUAAGAUCUAUAAUUUCAAAGGUUAUAUGGUAUACAACUAUACUAGUUUUGAAAUUAAAGAAGAGCUGUUCACUUUGUUCAGUAAGGGAAUGAAGUAUAUACCUACGGGACGUUUCGACCUAUUUGAUACCAUCAAAGAGGUAAAAAUGUACUGUCGGAGACUAAACUUGGCUUUCCAGUUUAAAGACAGUGAUAAAUUAUCCUUGGACUAUGAUAACAAACUAGCUAAGAAAAGCACAUGUAUACCCCCCAACAAUACACAGGUGUCCCUUUAUGAACAAGUUGUUUGCAGAGACAUUUAUGCCGCUUUCAACAACAUUAGAAAGGGAGUUGAAUCCUAUAGUUUAUUUAAGGACAACCUUACUAUUAAUGAAAGGAAAAUGUUAAAUGACAUCAUGUCUAACAGUGAUGUUAGAAUCAUGAAACCCGAUAAGGGUGGGGGGAUUAUAGUGACAUAUACUAAUGAAUAUCAACAACGAAUCCAUGAAAUUUUGUUUGAUUCUGGUAAUUAUGAAGCUAUUUCAAGGAACCAGAUUAACAUCGGACAUAGAAGGAUAGACCUAGUCAUAGAAGAGUUCUUUUAUAAGGCUUUUUUGCCUAAAGGAGUCCGUGCGAAGAUCCAAGACUACCAUAUUUUGACAAGAAAGAGAAUACGUUUCAGGUUCCGUAGAUUUAUUGAACAGUUUAGCCAGUGCAAAGCUACUGCAAGAGAUCUGAAACUGAAGUAUCUUAUAAAUCUGGAAUCACUUCAGUCAGCUUUUUACUCUGAACAGUAUGAGGUUAAAGAGCCUUCUAGAGGACCUCCGGGAGCUUCUUCAGUUAAUGAGACAUUUGCUACAAUCAAUGUUAAUGGAAAUGUAGGAAUUCAGAUGUCUGCACUAAACCACAGAAGCAGCGACUCUCCAUCUGACCAGGAGUUUCAAACCUACUGUGACUUCCCUGAUAUUAUUGAUAUCAACCUCAAGCAGGCAAGCAAAGAUGGUUCUUCAGAAAGUCGUGUUGUCACUAUCAGUAAGCAGGACAGCAAGCCUCUGGAGCUUGAAUUCUCUUCACUGAAAGAAGCACUAUCAUUUGCUUCAUUAAUUGAUGGGUACUACAGGUUAACAUCUGAUGCACAUCAUUAUUUGUGCAAAGAAGUUGCACCUUUAAGGUUGUUGGAAUGCAUUCAGAGCAGGUGUCAUGGUCCUAUUUCGAUGGAAUUUGCCAUUUGUAAAUUAAGGAAAACAGGCAACCAGAAGGGGCUUUAUGUUCUUCGCGCUAGUCCAAAGGAGUUCAACAAAUACUUCCUCACAUUUGCCGUAGAGCGAGAUGGCAGUGCUGACUACAAACAUUGCUUGAUCACUAAGCAUGAAAAUAAUGAGUACAACCUAAGUGGAGCAAAGAAGAGCUUUGGCAACCUUAAGGACUUGUUGAAUUGCUACCAGAAAGAAACUGUUCGCUCAGAUGGCUAUAUCUUCCAGUUCCUGAAGUGUCUUGCACCAAAGCCAAAAGAUAAGUCAAAUCUGCUUGUUGCUAGAAGUAUCGGUCCUUCAGAUAUGCCAGCAUCACCUACCAUGCAGAGACACAAUAAUAUUCAUCAGAUGGUGUUUCACAAGAUUAGAAAGGAAGAUUUGUCACCACAGCGAGAAAGUCUGGGUCAAGGAACAUUUACCAAGAUUUUCAAAGGAGUAAGAGAAGAGCUUGGCGACUAUGGUCAGUUGCACAAAACAGAAGUCCUUCUGAAAGUACUAGAUAAACAACAUAGGAACUACUCAGAGUCAUUCUUUGAGGCAGCAAGUAUGAUGAGUCAACUUUCAUACAAGCAUCUUCUGUUAAUAUAUGGAGUCUGCGUUUGUGGAGAAGAAAAUGUAAUGGUUCAAGAAUAUGUGAAGUUUGGAUCACUAGAUAUGUACCUGAAAAAGAACAAAAACUCUGUAAACAUUAUGUGGAAGCUGGACGUUGCCAAGCAAGUUGCAUGGGCCAUGCACUUCCUAGAAGACAAAAAUCUUGUACAUGGAAAUGUUUGUGCCAAGAAUAUCUUGCUCAUAAGAGAAGAAGACAGAAAAAUAGGGACCCCACCCUUUGUAAAGCUGAGUGACCCUGGCAUCAGUAUUACAGUUCUGCCAAAAGACAUUCUGGUAGAGAGAAUCCCUUGGGUGCCACCUGAAUGCAUUUUAGAUCCCAAAAAUCUCAGUCAGGCUGCUGACAAAUGGAGCUUUGGUACAACAUUAUGGGAGAUUUGCAGUGGGGGAGACAAGCCACUGAAUGCCCUUGAUAGUGCAAGGAAAAUUCAGUUUUAUGAAGACAGGCAUCAGCUUCCUGCACCAAAAUGGACUGAACUGGCAAACCUUAUAAACAGCUGUAUGGAUUAUGAACCUGAGUUUAGACCUUCAUUCCGUGCCGUAAUAAGGGAUCUUAACAGUCUCUUUACUCCAGAUUAUGAACUACUGGCUGAAAGUGACAUAUUGCCAAACAUGAGAGUGGGUGGAUUUGGCUUUUCUGGAGCCUUUGACAAUCAGGAUCCCUCACAGUUUGAAGAAAGGCACUUGAUAUUCCUACAGCAGCUAGGCAAGGGUAAUUUUGGCAGUGUGGAAAUGUGUCGCUAUGACCCACUUCAGGACAAUACUGGUGAAGUUGUGGCUGUUAAGAAAUUACAGCAUACUACUGAAGAACAUCUGCGAGAUUUUGAGAGAGAAAUUGAAAUUUUGAAGUCUCUUCAGCAUGAUAACAUUGUCAAGUACAAGGGAGUUUGCUACAGUGCUGGUCGUAGAAACCUAAAGCUCAUUAUGGAAUAUCUACCUUAUGGAAGUUUACGGGAUUACCUACAAAAAAAUAAAGACAGGCUGGAUCACAAGAAGCUACUUCUGUAUGCCUCCCAGAUAUGCAAGGGAAUGGAAUAUCUUGCCACAAAAAGGUACAUUCACAGGGACUUGGCAACAAGGAAUAUUUUGGUUGCAAGUGAAAACAGAGUGAAAAUUGGAGACUUUGGUUUAACAAAAGUAUUGCCACAAGACAAGGAAUAUUACAAAGUGAAAGAACCAGGAGAAAGCCCUAUAUUCUGGUAUGCACCUGAGUCACUGACAGAAAGCAGAUUUUCUGUUGCAUCUGAUGUGUGGAGUUUUGGAGUUGUCCUUUACGAAUUGUUCACCUACAGUGAUAAGAGCAAAAGUCCUCCAACGGAGUUUUUGAAUAUGAUGGGCAGUGAUAAACAAGGACAAAUGAUAGUCUUCCACUUGAUAGAGCUUCUGAAGGCUUUUAAAAGGCUGCCAAAGCCAGAGGGAUGUCCUAAUGAGAUAUAUCCUGUCAUGAUGGAGUGCUGGAACAAUGACCCAGCUUACCGGCCAUCUUUUAAAGACCUUACUCAGAAAGUUGACAUCAUCAGAAGUGGCCUAGGAGUAUGAAGGAAUUGAAACUGGCUUCCUAUGUGGUUUUGUUACAACUGUUUCCUCAAAAUCGGCUGACAGUUCAAGUAACUAGAUUCUGCCCAUGAUGUUAACAGGAGACAAAAAUGGCCGUUAACAGUGUGCCACAUUAACUCAGCUCUUACUGUGUUGACAGUUCUUUGCUGCAGUGCACACAUAUACUGUUGUGGUACUGAAGACUGGGCAGUGACUUUUCUGCCUGAAAUGUUAUGUACUGCAUCAGGUGCAAGGACUGCAUUUUCAUUCUUUGCCUUAUUUGGCCAAAACCAAAACUGCUUAAAUUCUGUCUGAGAGCUGUUAACAUGCAGGAGCUAUCCCUGAGUGAAAUGGACUGCAAGAGGUUUCUGCCAGAUUUCACAUAAAGAAAUGUACUUCAUCUUGGCAGUUCUUUUCCCAGGGAAGAAUAUAUUCUGCAGCAAGACAUCAGUGUCUCAAGUAUUGCACAAGGGCUUGUAUGUAAAAUAAUGUACAUUUUCAUAAUGCUGAACUGCUUAGUUUUAGAAAAGUGUAUUAAUAAUCAUUUGUUUACCAGUUAUCUAGUGAAGCAAGUUAGCAAUACAAGUAGAAGUGAGGAGCGGCAGUUAACAUAAUGUUAUAUAUUU